UUGGGCUGGUGGCGGCUUAGCGCCUUUGCUCGGGAUGGCUGCGGCCGUCGCUAUGGAGACAGAUGAUGCUGGAAAUCGACUUCGGUUUCAGUUGGAGCUGGAAUUUGUGCAGUGCUUAGCCAACCCCAAUUACCUUAACUUUCUUGCCCAAAGAGGUUACUUCAAAGACAAAGCUUUUGUUAAUUAUCUUAAGUACUUGCUUUACUGGAAAGAACCAGAAUAUGCCAAGUAUCUAAAGUACCCCCAGUGUCUGCACAUGUUAGAGCUGCUCCAGUAUGAACACUUCCGCAAGGAGCUGGUGAAUGCUCAGUGUGCCAAGUUUAUUGACGAGCAGCAGAUCCUGCACUGGCAGCACUACUCCCGGAAGCGGAUGCGCCUCCAGCAAGCGCUGGCUGAGCAGCAGCAGCAGAACAGCACUGCGGGGAAGUGACGCGCCCUGCUGGGCCGCACCAGAC